UUAUUUAGUGCUACUUUGCUUUGCUUUGUGCAAAAUCCAUAAAGAUUCAAAAACCUUAGUAGCUUCAACCAUAUAGAAGAAGAAAAAAAAUGCAAUGUUCAGAAGAAACAAUUGCUAGUUUGUUCUACAAUUUCUCUAGCUCUUUUCUUCUUUUCUUACUCUUCUCCUACUUUACUUCCAUUUUACUUGCUAAAUUCUUCUAUUUCCUUGGUGGAAAUCCAUUUUUUUGGAGGAAUCAAGAUGGAUAUGAAUUUGCUGAAUUUUCUGAUGAUGAAGAAAUGGAGGAAGAAAAUGAAUAUUACCAUAAUAAUGCUCAUCAAUCAGUGGAGGAAAAUCAUUUUGUAGCAGACAUAAGUUGUGGAUCUCAAGAAAAUGAUCAAUUUCUUGAUUUUGAGAAAGAAACAGAGGAAACUUGUAGUAUUACUGAAGAAGAGUCUAUUUAUAGCUCAGUGGAUUCAGAAUCUAUUCAUACUGAUGAUGAAGUGGAAGUUAAAGAAAAGAUUCCAAGAAGAGAUGAUGAUUCUGAUUCUUGUUGUUAUUCUGAAAUCACCCAAGUUGGCCCCACCUCAUCUCUUCCCAAGGACUUGAAUACAAAUAAUGGACUAGACUCGAUCGAUAACAACAUCAAUAAUCAUGGAAACUGUUACAAGGAUAUCAAUAAAGACAAGAAAGUGAUGGAAAAUAAUUUGUGUCAAGAGGAAAAUAUAUUUGUUAAUGCACCAAUAAUAUCAAAGGUAGAGAGCAAGAAACUGUUGCAAUUACAAGAAAAGGAAGAAGAACAUGAAAUAUUUGGAGAUUCUUGUACUGUUGGUUCUACUUCAAAGAGCUCCACUGAAUGGAGAAGCUCCAUUAAAGACUCAACAACUGAAGAUCCAUUUUCUUCUUCUUCAAGGAGAAGUUGCCCUAAAUGGGAGUCUUAUACAAUCUUCCAAAAAUAUGAUGAGGAAAUGUUGUUUUUUGAUAGAAUGAGUGCCCAAAAGCUACAUGAAACAGAAUCUUUAAGAUCAAUUCAAGCAUGUCCAAGAUCAAUAUCAGAUAGGAUUGUUCACAAGUUGUCAACAAGGAACAAGAAAUCCUCAGAUUAUCGACACCAUAAUAAUCCAUUUCAAGAACUGGAGGCAGCUUAUGUAGCUCAGGUAUGCUUAGCAUGGGAAGCUCUGAGUUGGAACUACAAAUAUUUCCAACGUAUAAGAGCUUCACGUAAUAAGGAAUCAUCAGACCCAGGUUGUCCUGCUUAUGUUGCUCAGCAAUUUCAACAAUUUCAAGUUCUUUUACAAAGAUAUGUUGAGAAUGAACCCUAUGAACAUGGGAGGAGACCAGAGAUUUAUGCUAAGAUGAGAGGCUUUGCUCCUAAGUUGCUUCAAGUCCCAGAAUAUCGAGAUUCGGAGGAGGAUAAAGGUGAAGAAGAUUAUUGUUCAAGAAUAUCUUCAGAUUCAUUUCUCCAGAUAAUGAAAGAAGCAAUCAGAACAUUUAUGAAUUUUCUCAAGGCAGACAAGGAGAAUCGUUGCCAAAUAUUAAUGGCAGCUUUCUUUAAAAGAAAAAGAAGAGGUUCAGCUGAUGCAACUCUCCUCCUCUUAUUAAAGAAAAUCAACAAAAAGAAAAAAUCAAAGGUGAAAGAUCUACAACGAUCAGGGAAAUGCAUGAGGAAUAAAAGAAGGCUAAGAGAAGAGGAAGAGAUGGAGAUAUUAAUGUCUUUAAUAGACCUAAAAUUAGUGUCAAGGGUAUUGAGAAUGAGUGAAGUGAAUGAGGAACAGUUGCAUUGGUGCGAAGACAAGAUAAGCAAAGUAAGAAUUUCUGAUAGGAAAUUACAAAGAGAUUCUUCACCACUUUUCUUUCCAGCACACUGAUAAUUAAGUACCCCACCAGCCACUAAGUUCAUUUUACUUUAAUGACUAGAUCAUGAAUGUGCAUGCAAUUCAUGAAUAUGAAUAUCCUCAAUAUUCCUUUGCCUACACAUAGCUUUCUGUAAAUACUACCACAAAAGGACAAAAAAAGAAAGAAGGGUGGCCCAGGAAUAAAAGUAGUCUAUGUCACGGUUUCGAGCCGGGCCAAAAUUACCUUAUUACGUACAAUAAAACCUUGUUAUCUGAUCCUUCCUUAAUUUCCGCUCAUAAAUAAAUAUCCUCAAUAUUCUUUCGCCUAGACAUAGCUUCCUGUAAAUACUACCACAAAAGGACAAAAAAAAAGGGUGGCCCAGAAAUAAAAGCAAUAUGGGUCACAUAUCCGAGCAGUGAAAAUAACUUCAUGCAAAAAUGUAGGAUAAGACUGCGUACAAUAGUCUCUUGUAAUCUGGCUCUUCCCGAAUCUUAUACAUAACGGAAGUUAAGUGCACCGGGCUACCACAUGGGAGCUUUGGAAAACUAUGAAAGAGGGAGUUAAAGGGAUAGAUGACUGAUUGUUUUGGUGAAAUAUUUUGACAGUACUGAAUAAGGAAAAAGAGAGAAAAGCAAAGGGCAAAAAGGAAAGUGGAUGAAGAUAGAGAUAAGGGUACGUAGCUUUAAUUUACUACUACUACUACUACUUUUUAGAGCUUUUAAAUAAGGGUUUAUCUGAGUUGAUUCAAAAGGCAAAUUAAAGCAGCGGACCAUGCAAUGGAAUUAAAAAGAAGGUGGAGCGUAUGAAAGGGAUAAGAUCUUGAUUUGAUUUUGGUCCCACUAUUUUGUUUUAGAAAUUAAUUAAAGGGUAGACAACUAAACAAAUAAACAAUAAGAGAUUUAUAUUUAUAGAGCAAUUAGUAUAUGUUUUGAUUUUGUAUUCAAGUAUUUUGUAGUUUAAUUAGCUAUGAGUCUAUGAUCAGGAAAAAAUGUACACUUUCAAAUACUUGGACACAUAAUUGAUGGAAUAAUAUUUAGUCAACA